UGUCCUGGCAAUGUCUGCCUGACUGCACAAGACUCUCGGAACCCGCAGGAGCAGCGCGUCGCCUCACAAACUCUGACAUGAAGCGGGCAUGUUCCUCCUAGAAGACUCUCCUGCUGCAUUUGAUCUUCUUAUUGGACCUUCAGGCAGAGCGGACUUCCGACAUGAAGAACCCGCAUCUAGACGGCCACUGCAAGACCCUGCACUCGGGAGACAAGAGACUGAAGCGCAAAGCGCGAGAGCCACUCAAGCGCGUCAGUGACGACCAUUCACCUCACUUUAACCUGUACAAGAACGCGCGUCUCAUGGCACAGACAGACGGCGGUCCGAAAGAGACGCGCGGCUCGGGGAUCUUCGCGUCGGGGGACGAGAGCGUGUUAAACACCGCUCUGGAUAUGAGGAUAAACACCGCGAUGGCUGGAGAGGCUCCUGACUCCAAACUGAGCGCCGUCUCCGAGAAGUCUGUGAGCGGCAGAAGCGCUCAAACAGGCACGCGCGGCGCGCAGGGUUUUGCUCUGGAGCGAGCGUUGCCUCAGGCGCCUGGCGAGAGCGCGGAAUCACCGAGGAGACGCGCCGGAGAGCCGCCGGAGAUCAGAGCCAUGCAGCAGACGCGCAGGCUGCUGGCCAACGCGCGCGAGAGGACGCGUGUGCACACCAUCAGCGCAGCCUUCGAGGCGCUGCGAAAGCAGGUGCCCUGCUACUCGUACGGCCAGAAGCUCUCCAAGCUGGCUAUAUUAAGAAUCGCUUGCAACUACAUACUGUCUCUGGCUCAGCUGGCAGACCUGGACUACUCUCCGGACCAGAGCAAGCUGAGCUUCAGGGAGUGUGUGGAGCAGUGCACCCGGACGCUGCAGGCCGAGGGACGCUCCAAGAAGAGGAAGGAAUAAAAUGAAGAAAGUGUAUGUGGAGAAAGAAGGACCUCAAUCCUCCAUCAACAUGAAGACACUCUCCCCAUGCUGGAAAUGUAACGAAUUGUAAUGUAAUGAAAGUGUAAAGUGAUUUUACACUGCACUAUUGACUUUACUACAGCUAACCGAGUCAAAAACAAAACCGCUCUAGGCUCUGGAUAUGCUUUUGUACAACUUUUGCACAGCAGAAACACUUUCCAAACACAGAUGAUAUGAAGUCAGUUCAUUUUCCAUUGUUACAGACUGGUUAUUUAUUUUUGUUUGUUUUGCAGUUUAACAAAUCGUGCAGAGCUAGUUCAUGUGCAAAUUCUGUCAAAAAUGUCCUGCCAUGUGCAAGAAAGCGCACAUUUUCUUUUCUUUUUGUAAUCCAUAUAAUUAUGCUAUUCUUCAUUUUAUCAAUUACAUUAUAAACCAUGAUAUAAAUGCAUAUAAUUCAGCACUCAUCGCUUGUCUUCCAUUUGGUUCAUAUUAACAAUCUAGUUCUUAAACGGGAAUCUGAAGUCUAUGCUCUACAGUAUGUGGCUCUGUCAGCCAGUCACUUAUGUUAGUCUGUAUUUUAUACAUGUAUCUACUGUUGAAAUACUGUUUUGUAGUUAAAUGUAGUCCAAGAAUUCAUCUUCAUGACUGAAGAACUGCUUUUCUGAGGAAUUAAUAGGCAGUUGCUGGUGACCUGCCAAAAACAUCAAACUCCAGAAGGAAACAUCUGGUCAUUCUGACCUGUGUGGGACUCCUAUAAACACAUCAUUAAAUCAAACGAAUCAAUGAUUUAAUUAUGUCACAGACUGUAUUAUCUGUUGUUCUACAUAUAUACACACAUGCACAUAUACAUAUACAGUUCCGACAACCAUGCAACGUGCCAGAAAUGUAUUAAUCAAAGCAAUAAUGAUCCAGUCAUCGCAUCCAAGCACAGCUCUUUUGGCCAGGUAGUGUAUAUAAUGCAUUUGAUUGUUUGUGAAAGUUUUACACUUUCUGUUCCUCCACUGAGCAAAUAAUACAUAAACAACUUAGACUGUCGAUUGAUUAGAGCUUAGCAAAUGUUUAUAAGCAGUGUUUAACUACUUACAUUUAGUUAACCAGACACAUUGUAAGGUUGCGGAUGGCACAAGAUCAUCUUUUUGGACAGGUUACAUGACUGAUGAUUUCAUAAGCUGACAGCUGCUAAACAGACUGACUUGCAGUGUGUUGUGAGAGUUUUCCUCUCAGCUCCAUCUGUCUAGAUCUGCUUCACGUAGAGCUCACACAUUUCUGUUUCACAUCAGCAGCUCUGAUAAAAAUGAAGUAAAAUGCA